CCAUAACUUAAGACCUCAUCCACUCAUGUCACUUGUCACUCUUUUCUCUUGUUCAUUAACCACCAAUUAGAUUAAAGAAAUAAAGAAAAAAAGGGAAACGAAACAAUUCAACCGCCAUUUCUAGUUUCAAGAAGCUCUCUGAGAGUCUGAGCCUCAAGCAUCAUGAAGAAGUUCGCAGAUCCCUUUUAGUUUCUUGGUGAAUCAGGUUGUAUCAGUAAGGAGAUAAUUGCCUUCGACGAUGGAAGGCGUGCUCAUGAGGACUACCUCGGAUGUUUUUAAGCAUGGUCUGUUCAAGAGGCAUCAUUUGGAGCAAGUGGGUGUCCUGGUCAGGGACAACCGCCCUUCACUUCAGGCAAGCCGGGGCCAUAGGCCUCAUGGUAUCCUCUGUCAAGAAUCGGAUGGAACUGGGUUUGUAAAUCCGAAGCACAAGAGAAACAAGCCAUCACUUACGAAGACACAAGCAAUACUUACACCUGUCACAGACCCAACCUUUACGGCAAAAAAGAGAGUUUUUACAUUUGGAAAAGGGAGGAGCGAGGGAAAUAAGGGCAUGAAGUCCUUGUUGGGAGGAAAAGGAGCGAACCUAGCAGAGAUGGCUAGCAUUGGAUUAUCUGUGCCUUCCGGGCUUACCAUAUCGACAGAAGCAUGCCAAGAGUACCAGCAGAAUGGGAAUAAGCUUCCGCACGGUCUGUGGGAGGAGAUUUUGGAAGGUUUGGAGAGCGUAGAGAAGGACAUGGGGGCAGUCCUUGGUGACCCUUCAAAGCCACUCCUUCUAUCUGUUCGAUCUGGUGCAGCGAUAUCGAUGCCUGGCAUGAUGGACACUGUCCUUAAUCUUGGGCUUAAUGACGAUGUUGUUGCUGGUCUGGCUGCGAAAAGCGGGGAGCGCUUUGCCUAUGACUCUUAUAGACGAUUUCUAGACAUGUUUGGAGAUGUUGUCAUGGGCAUUCCACAUUCAUCAUUCGAGGAGAAGCUAGAGCAGUUGAAACACUUGAAAGGUGUUGGACUAGACACCGACCUAACAGCUUCAGAUCUUAAAGAGCUUGUGGCACAAUACAAGAAUGUUUAUCUUGAAACGAUGGGAGAAGAAUUCCCUUCAGAUCCAAGAAAGCAGUUAGAGUUAGCUGUCAAAGCCGUUUUUGAUUCGUGGAACAGUCCAAGGGCUAUAAAGUACCGAAGCAUCAAUCAAAUAACGGGAUUGAAGGGCACCGCUGUGAAUAUUCAGUGCAUGGUUUUUGGAAACAUGGGAAAUACUUCAGGGACAGGAGUGCUGUUCACCAGAAACCCGAGCACGGGUGAGAAGAAGCUCUACGGCGAGUUUUUGGUCAAUGCACAGGGGGAGGAUGUGGUAGCGGGAAUUAGAACUCCGGAAGAUUUAAACACGAUGAAGAAUUGCAUGCCGGAAGCUUACAAAGAACUCGUGGAGAACUGCGAAAUCUUAGAGAAGCAUUACAAAGACAUGAUGGAUAUUGAGUUUACAGUUCAAGAAAAUAGGCUGUGGAUGUUGCAAUGCCGGUCUGGAAAGCGUACUGGCAAGGGCGCAAUAAAGAUCGCGGUAGACAUGGUGAAUGAAGGGCUUGUCGACAUUCGUUCUUCUAUGAAGAUGGUGGAGCCUCAGCAUCUCGAUCAACUUCUUCAUCCACAGUUUGAAAACCCAGCCGCAUACAAAGAUAAAAUUGUUGCUACGGGGUUGCCUGCUUCACCAGGAGCCGCUGUGGGCCAAGUUGUGUUCAGCGCCGAUGAUGCCGAAGAAUGGCAUGCUCAAGGAAAAAGUGCCAUUCUGGUUAGGACUGAGACAAGCCCAGAGGAUGUUGGUGGAAUGCAUGCUGCUGCUGGUAUUUUAACAGCUAGAGGUGGCAUGACAUCUCAUGCGGCGGUCGUGGCGCGUGGAUGGGGAAAGUGUUGUGUCUCUGGCUGCGCUGAUAUCCUCGUAAAUGAUGCUGAGAAGGUGGUCACAAUUGGAGACAAGGUAAUUAAAGAAGGCGAAUGGAUCUCCCUUAACGGAUCGACUGGCGAAGUGAUUUUGGGUAAACAACCACUUUCACCUCCAGCAUUGAGUGGUGACAUAGAGAUCUUCAUGUCCUGGGUCGAUGAAAUAAGGUCUCUCAAGGUUAUGGCAAAUGCUGACACCCCUGAAGAUGCUCUUACAGCCAGAAACAAUGGCGCCCAAGGGAUUGGACUUUGCAGGACAGAACACAUGUUCUUUGCUUCGGAUGAGAGGAUAAAAGCAGUGAGAAAGAUGAUAAUGGCGGUCACCACUGAACAGAGAAAGGCAGCAUUGAAUCAGUUGCUGCCUUAUCAACAAUCUGAUUUUGAGGGGAUAUUUCGUGCUAUGGAUGGCCUUCCAGUGACCAUCCGGCUGUUAGAUCCGCCACUUCAUGAGUUUCUUCCGGAAGGGGACCUAGAACAGAUUGUUAGUGAACUAACCACAGAGACCGGCAUGACUGAAGAUGAAGUUUACUCAAGGAUCGAGAAAUUAUCUGAAGUAAAUCCCAUGCUUGGAUUCCGAGGCUGCAGGCUAGGCAUAUCAUACCCCGAGCUGACUGAAAUGCAAGUUCAUGCAGUUUUCCAAGCCGCGGUGACAAUGAGCCGCCAGGGCUUCACAGUUCUUCCAGAGAUAAUGGUUCCACUAGUGGGAACGCCUCAGGAACUAGGACAUCAGGUGAGUUUAAUACGUAGCAUUGCCAAGAAAGUAUUCUCUGAGGCGGGUUCAUCAUUAAGCUACAAGAUUGGGACAAUGAUUGAGAUUCCUAGGGCCGCUCUUGUGGCCGAUGAGAUUGCAAAGGAGGCAGAGUUCUUCUCCUUUGGGACCAACGAUCUAACGCAAAUGACGUUCGGAUACAGCAGAGACGACGUUGGCAAAUUCCUUCCUAUAUACUUGUCCAAAGGCAUCCUGCAAGCUGAUCCUUUCGAGGUGCUAGAUCGGAGAGGCGUAGGCCAACUUAUCAAGAUUGCAACCGAGAGAGGCCGAGCAGCUAGGCCAAACUUAAAGGUCGGUAUAUGCGGAGAACACGGGGGCGAGCCAUCUUCGGUUGCCUUCUUUGCGGAGGCUGGACUGGACUACGUUUCGUGUUCUCCCUUCAGGGUCCCUAUUGCUAGGCUCGCGGCGGCUCAAGUAGCGGUUUGAAGACAAGUCGCCCCAUCGACGAUGGCAAUUGCUCUCGCGCAUUCGACGAUUUUGCGCCCGGUCUGUAUAUAAUCGCCGUCCAUGUAAAGAAGCGACGAUAAUAAUAACGAUUCUGAGAUGAAUAAAGGGUACCCAUGUGUUGGAUCUGA